UUUCACUCUACGGUGAAAAAUUAUUUUGGAGGUGAAAUUAUAUUUAUUUAAAAAAAAGGGGGAGCUGAACUUAAAAGCAGCCAAGGAUUUGCAGGCUGAGUAAAAUUCUAAAUCAUUGCGGGAGCUUUUAGAAAGGACAUUCUGGUCACGAGAUCGAUCCGAGCUGCGGCGGCAUUGGGAGAUAUAAAAGCGUAGUAAAAAUUACGUUGUUUUGAGGUUUUAAACGACUAAUUUGGACAAGAAUCGCAAGAGUUAAAAAAUGGCGAUGAUUUUAAGCUUCGAGACGGCAAAAUCUUGAUAGAGAAGUUCUCUGCGAGCGGUUUGAAGUGUAAAACGAGGGUUUCAGGGGCCUUAUUGGCCUCAUUUUGGUGGAGAAGUGAGGGUUUUGCUGUUCUUUUGUGAUUUGAAGUUGCUGAGGGUUUUCAUGUUUUUUGAGGCUGCGAGGCCGUGGCUUUGGAUGUAAUUGAGCGGAUCAGACCAGCGGGAGGCAUGUCGGACUCUUACAGCUUCCUUGGAGAAGAUGAUUAUUUGCUGGAGAGUGUGUACGGCAAUGGCAGGCCGCCCGUGCCGGAUUCUGGUGGGCCUGUUCUUACUGCAAAUUUGUCUUUUAAAUCCGACGGGAAGAAUAAGAAGAAACAUGUGAAGCGACAAAGUAUGGAUGGUGAUGAAAUCUUGAAUCUGAUGCACGGCUCUGAUCCGGUUAAAGUUGAGCUUAAUCGCCUUGAAAAUGAAGUACGAGAUAAGGAUAGAGAAUUAGGUGAAGCACAAGCUGAAAUUAAGGCAUUGAAGUUGUCAGAGCGUGCAAGGGAGAAGGCAGUGGAAGAGCUUACAGAGGAGCUGAAUAAGUUGGAUGAGAAACUGAAGGCUAAUGAGAUCCUCCUUGAAAAUAAGAACCUUGAAAUAAAGAAAAUUAAUGAUGAGAAGAAAGCUGCAUUGGCUGCACAAUUUGCUGCAGAAGCCACUCUCAGAAGAGUGCAUGCUGCUCAAAAGGAUGAUGACAUGCCGCCGAUUGAAGCUAUUCUUGCUCCACUGGAGGCAGAACUCAAACUUCACCGGCAAGAGAUUGCAAAGUUACAGGAAGAUAACAGGGCAUUGGAACGACUUACAAAAUCAAAAGAGGCAGCAUUGCUUGAUGCAGAGCGGACGGUUCAAAUUGCUCUGGCAAAAGCUUCUAUGGUUGAUGAUCUUCAAAAUAGAAACCAAGAACUGAUGAAACAAAUAGAAAUUUGUCAGGAAGAGAACAAAAUUCUGGACAAAAUAUACCGCCAGAAAGUGGCAGAGGUUGAGAAGCUGAGUCAAACUGUGAGAGAGCUAGAGGAAGAAAUUCUUGCUAGGGGUGCUGCUGCAAAUGCUGUGCGUGAUUAUCAGCGGAAAGUUCAUGAAAUCAAUGAAGAAAAGAAGACGCUGAAUCAAGAGCUGGCACGCGCAAAGGUCAGUGCAAAUAGAGUUGCAGUUGUUGUUGCAAAUGAAUGGAAAGAUGGCAAUGAUAAAGUAAUGCCUGUAAAGCAGUGGCUUGAAGAACGACGGAUCAUGCAGGGUGAAAUGCAGCAGCUUCGGGACAAGUUAGCCAUUGCUGAACGAACAGCUAGGUCUGAGGCACAGCUCAAAGAGAAAUUUCAAUUACGACUAAAAGUUGUGGAAGAGGGGUUAAGGUCCUCUUCAAAUGGCACUGUUCGCUCUGAGGCAAGAAGUAGCAGCAAUGGCCGUGCACGGCGCCAAUCGCUUGGGGGUGCUGAAAUUGCUCCUAGAAUAACUGCAAAUGGAUUAGGAUCCAAGAAACCAUCAUUGUCCCAACUGAGGUCCUCAGUAUUGAGCAAUACAACUACAGUCCUAAAAAAUGCAAAGGGAACUUCAAGAUCUUUUGAUGGUGGCAGAUCAUUUGAUGGCAGUCGAUCUGUAGAUAGGAACAAGCCUUUAGCAAAUGGAAAUGAGGACCACCAUUCAACUGAAAAAAAUCCUGGAGAUAGUGAUUCACAAGAUACAUGGAAGGAAAUUUCAGAAAAAAAACCUCCAGAAUUUGUCGAAGUUGGUCAAGAUGAUACUGUAUCAGGCUUGUUGUAUGAUACGUUGCAGAAGGAGGUGAUAGUGUUGAGAAAAGCGAGCUAUGAAAAGGAUCAGAGUCUCAAGGACAAGGAUGAUGCGAUUGAGAUGUUAUCAAAGAAAGUAGAGACUUUAAACAAAGCAUUAGAGGUGGAGGGGAAGAAAAUGCGUAGGGAAAUGGCUAUUAUGGAAAAGGAGAUAGCUGCAAUGCGCCUUGACAAGGAACAUGAUCAACGAGCAAGACGUCUGAGUAAUUCCAAGACUGUAAAUAACUCUCACCUGCUUUCUGGAAGGAGUGCAAGAAAUUCGUAACUCUACAAUGAGGACCAUCUUUGGAGUUACUCAGGAUUCACUUCCCUUUCAACAAAUGUUAAUUUUGCACAUGUGGUGCUAGAUGGACUCUACUUACUGCAUCAGAUUGUGCAGCUUUCAACAUGGUUGCGAAUUUUCAUGUUCAAAGAGAUUACUAAGUCUCAGUUUGCCUAGCAUUACACAAUUUAUUAUAUUCAUGUGUAUGCUUCCCAGCUAUGGUGUGGCAAUGGCAUUACAGGAAAGAUCAAGCUACUUCUGGCUUUUGUAGAUGAAAAAAUAUUCAUGGAAGGGUACCUAACGUCAUGUAUACGGGGCACAUUGCUGAUGCUAAUUGAGGUGGAGGAGAGAGUUUGGUUGUUUUGUAUUUUUGUGUUAUGUUGAUUGGCAACAUAUCACAAUCCACUAGUAGAUUGUAGGUAUGAAGGUGUUGUGGUUGUGUGCUGCAUUUAACGUGUCUACUCAAAAGAGUUGUAGAAUUUGAGUGCUUUAGAUUUAUAAUGGGAUGUUAAAUAUUGAGACAUCAGUUCUGUGAAUAAUUGUUCAGUUGUAAUUUGAUCUGUUUUACCAAUCAUUUCUAAUGGAGUUGUAUUCAUCACGUU